AAAAUGAGAAAAUUCAAUUGAAGAAAAGAGUAAAGAAGAAGUCUCUUGUUCGGUUGGAUUUUUCAGGAAUUUCAUUUUCGUGAGCUUACUUGUUCGUUCAUAUAAAGAGGUGGAAUUUGAUUUAUAUGAAUUUUGAUUUCUGGGUUUACGAAAUUGAUCGGUUUCUGGGUUGGAACUUGAAGUUAUGAGCAAUCUUCGAGCUAUCUGUAGACCAUACUCUGUGUUCUCUUCGAUUGUGUGUUGUAGUAGACAUCAAAGUCGAUCACUUUUUAGGGUUUCGAUUAAAAACGUCGCCUUUAGAAACCAGAGUUCGAAUUCGUCUUGGUUUAGGUCUAAAAAUUCGAAUCUUUGGUUUCGUUUGAAUCAGAGGAAGACUCUAGUUAGAGCAUCGAAUUGGAGCCAAGAGAAAUCUCCUUACGAUACUCUCGAGUUGGAUAGAAAUGCAGAGGAAGAACAGAUUAAGGUAGCAUACAGAAGAUUAGCCAAAUUCUAUCAUCCUGAUGUUUAUGAUGGAAAGGGGACUCUUGAAGAAGGAGAGACAGCAGAAGCAAGAUUCAUUAAGAUUCAGGCUGCAUACGAGCUGCUCAUGGACUCGGAAAAGAAAGUACAAUAUGAUAUGGAUAACCGAGUUAAUCCGAUGAAGGCAUCUCAAGCUUGGAUGGAAUGGUUGAUGAAAAAGCGUAAAGCUUUUGAUCAAAGGGGCGACAUGGCGGUUGCCGCUUGGGCUGAGCAACAACAGCUUGAUAUAAACCUGCGUGCUCGUCGUCUUUCUCGUUCUAAAGUGGAUCCGGAAGAAGAAAGGAAGAUAUUGGAGAAGGAGAAGAAAGCAUCGAGAGAGUUAUUCAACAGCACUUUAAAGCGACACACGCUAGUGUUGAAGAAAAGAGAUCUGAUGCGAAAGAAAGCAGAGGAAGAUAAGAAAAAGCUCAUCACUCAGCUAUUAGCAGCAGAAGGUCUCGAGCUUGAUACCGAAGCAGAAGAGGAAGAAGCAGCAAAGUAAGAUUCCAAACAUUUUGGAAGCUUCUAUAGCUACUUCAAGUAAUUAAGCACAUGGUUAAACAUGUUGAAGGCUUCAAACUUCAACGUAACUUGCCUUCCAAGAAAGAAAGUUGCCUCCAUUCAAGAUAGUGAUGAUCAUCAACAAUUCUUAACAUCCGAAUCCCGAUCAUCAUCUUCAUCAAGAGAGACGAGCUGGAUCAUGAGACGACCGUUGGAUCUGUGAGCUCGAAAAUACUCGUUGCGACACACUUUCUCUUCCUUGAGUAAAAGCCGACCAUCACUCGUGUACUCUCGCUUCAGCACCGACGGCACGUGCGACGGCAACAUUGGAGGUGACAUUAUCUCACGCGCCACUGUCUUUUUCUCCUCUCUUCUCUCACAUGGCAACUUGACAUCACCGGUCUUGUCGGAGAAAGCGUUGAAGCAGCUCUCUUUUCCAAUGUAGCCUCCGUUGUAGGAGAGAGAUGACAUCACGAUGGUCGAGUUUUCUUGGUAGUGAGAACUGAGAGCGAUGUUACCAAAUUUUGAAAGCUCUCUCUGUGUCUAUAGAUCGAGUUAGUGAGGUUGAGUUAAAUAGGAGUUAGAUUCAUCCAUUCUUUUACUUACAUUUUGGAAGUUUUCUUUAUGAGAAACUAAACGAUGUAUACAGAGAAAGAAAUACGUAAAAAGAGGAAAGAAAUACAGAAACACAUGUGAAUAU